AUGCGCCUUCAUUUGAUUAUCUCGCGGCAUGGCUUGCCUGCCACCCGUGUCCUAUGGACGACCGCUGCAGGAGGAUAUGGCUCUCAUGGCCCAGCUCCCACUUCAGCCAUUGCCUCAUCACGUACGCCGAAUAUCGCAUUUGCCAAUGGCGGAUACACAAUUGCUCAGUUACUGGAGGAUGUGAACGAGGUGGUGCCUCUUGAAACAGAACCUAGUGUUUUUGACCCGGAAUUCAGCGGCCACUGGGGAUUGGAAGAUUACGUGGUGGAAGUUAGUGGAUCUGAGUGUCUGCACUUUAUGGAAGUUGAGGGACUGCUUAGAGAUGGAGAUGAAGUCGUCAUCCGAGCUUUGCAGCUUGCAGAUUUGCGCGCAAGAAGACUUUGCGGCCGUCAUCAGAUCACCUCAGAUGGAAAACACCUCAUCGAUGGAGUUCCUUUCGGUUUACCUUUCAAGCAUCGCAAUACCUCUCAUAGACCCGCUGUUACCAUUCCCCCGAGAAAGAAGAGACGCACUUUGCUUUCGGGCUGGGAUCAAGAUCCCGGCUACGCAUUCGACAACCCCAAUCCCGAUGAGGAGGGUGGUGACGGAGAGUGGCUGCCACCUAGUGACACAGGAUUUGGAAAGGAGCUUUCCAUACUACCUACAGAGCAUGACAUGUCCUUGGGAACGGUCAUCAGACAUCCCGUUGCCCACUCUGCGGAUGAAGACAGCGAGGAUGCAGAAGACUAUGAGAUGGAGGAAGAUGAACUUGAAAGCGAACUCGAGGCUUUAAAGGCAGACUUUGAAGUGCCUGCUUCUCAAUUCCUCAAUGUUCAACCAGAAGCUCGGCGGGUUGUUGAUUCUUCCAUUCAGCGACCAAAUUCUGCGGGAAAUAGACCUGAUUCGUCAAGUACUCAAGGCAAAGCAUCCUUGGUAGGCGUUUCUUCCUUAUCUAGUAAAAGAUCUCGUGGGGAUGAUUCUUCACCUAGAACCUCGAAAGCCGUGAGGUUUAACAAAGGAGAUGACUUAGAACUGCCACAACAAAUCCAACCUGCCAAACUUGAAGUUGAAGUUGAAGUUGAAGAUCGUUCGGCGGCGUCAUGUUCCCAAUCUGAAUCGGACUCUGACUCUUCCGAUUCGGAUUCGGAUUCGGAUUCAGACUCUGAUUCUGAUAUGUCUUCCAGUGAAUCAGAGGCAGAAAAUUCGUCUGAAGAACAUGAUUCCUCAGAAGAGGAGGAAGACUCUGACGUGAAUGGCUCAUCAUCUUCAUCUUCAUCCUCAUCCGAAGACUCUAGCUCCGAAGAAGACUCGUCUGACGAGGAAUCUGCCCUCCCCGCCCACAAAAAAGGUUCCAUACGAACAAAGAAGAGUAAUACCCGUUACAAACUUCGACGUCGUCUAUCCAAACUUAAGGAAAUCGGUGUGCUUCCCGCUGAAGCUGACUUUUCCGCUCUUCGCUCUUGGGAGGAACAAAACGGCGGUUGGCAUUACCCUGAAGAGUCAAGUAUUAUGUCUACCCGGCCAAGCAAGUCCGAAAAGCAGGAGCAGGAGCGGCUGGAGUUUGAGGCGAAACGACAGAAACUGCUGAAUGAUCUUGCUUCCGGAGGCAUUGACGUUGAAGAAGCAUCUGAGAAGGAAAACAUGCCCCCACGUACCUCCACCGUCUCAGAAUCUGCCAUCCCAGAGCAGUCUAAAGAUGAAGCACCUGAACCAGAACGCCCGAGUCGUCGUACCUUAGAUAUCGCAAGCUCGCGUCGAUUGAUUUUUGGACCUCUUGGGCUACGCACGCCAAAGACGAAAGAAGAUGAGGAGGCAACUCGCACAAAGUUGGCCGCCCUAGCCAGCAAGGGGAAUCGCAAGAAGCCGAUUGAAGCACCGCCAGUCGAAUCGAAUGAAGAAGAGAACGAUGGUCGUGAUCCUAACUGGCAAGAGAAGCUUACCAUCACAGCCACGGAGUGCAUGCUUCCUGACAUCACACUAACCGCACCACCUUUUCCCUUCGUGAAUCGUUGGGAUAAAGAUGCAAAUGAUAAAAUUCGAGCUGAAAUGGGUUGGGGGAAGAAGCGAAAGCGAAAGCAGAGAAUUCAAGUUUACGAAGGUCACGAGGAUGAAGCCUAUGGGGACUAUCAGAAUGAAAAUGACAACUACGAAGAUCAUAGCAAUUGGGAAGAGACCGAGCUCGAUUACAAUGAAGAACCGGAAGCGGAAAAUGCCCCAAGUGAGCAAGCUGCUGCUACUGACGACCUCCCUGCCCUGCCCAAUGACCCGAGCUCUCUUGCAGACUUGCUUGAAUGUGAGGCAAAUCCUGGGGCCGUAAUCGCAUUUCGUCAAUUAGACAUGUCCAAGGAUACAAAUUGGCAGCCUCGGAUGUCCGAGUAUCGAGUGGCUGAAGUGCACCAAGUUGACCAAGGCAACCUGCAUGUACAGCUAGCGGUGAGGGAUCGGAAACCGAAGAAAAACGACUACAACUCCGAAGAUGACGAACCACGGGAAUACAGUGGCUUUGAGAUGCCUGGCUUCGACGAUGAUGAUGGAGAUGAUGAUGGCUUUCGUGAACUUGCCUUUGCGGAACUGAGCGACCCCAAACUUCUCAAGCCCGCACCGUCGGCCUAUGAGAACGAGGAGAACGACAAGAACAAUGCUCAAGAAGGUAGCAUUGUCUCCAUAGUCGAGGAUUCGAUGCCGAACGCCCAAUUGGCUCCCCCAGUGGCAGACAUGGACCUCGAUGAAACAACUUUUGUGACUUUAGUCACUGCCAAUGAAUCCCCCGUGCGACUUUCCGAUGUCCCCUCUAUCCCCUCCAUUCAAACCCCGGGAGGUCGCCUAAUCACUGCGACACGAGGCCAAGAUGCCGAUGACGAGCGUAGCGACAGCCCGGUAGUGCCCUCGCCUUCAUUCUCCGGGUUCCACUCUGUUCGGUCAUCUCCAGGCACAACCAUGCGCUUCCAUAAUGAAUGCGAAGAGAGCAAUAUCCUUGACGGUCAUACUCUCAUAGAAGAGGCCCAGACUACUCUUGCCGAUAUUUCAAAUCAGGAUUUCUCGGGACUUUCAUUCUUAUCUGCCAACCAAUAUUUUUCCAAUGAUCGUUCUCAGAGCGAGGAACAGCAUGAUCGCCAAGUAGUUGAGGAGCCCCAGGCUGCUUCCGGGGGAAAUACAUCCGGAAGUAAUUCUCUCCUCUUUCAGCUGCAGGUUAACGACGGCGCCAACUUAACUUCUUCUAAGGCCCCACCUGUCCAGAGUGCUGUUGAAGAAAGCCCCAAUGUCCAAGGGGAAGAUAUGGGUCGAGCAUCGCAGGCAUGGAGCGAGGUCACGAGAUUUCUACACAAAGAUCAAUCUUCUUUAGAUCACACUGAUCAGGACAAGGACGAGCUCGAGGACGAUACGGACGGUGAUCAAGAAGAUGGAGAUAGCCUUCUUCAUAGCAAUCAGAGCCUGGAUCUCUCUCCGCAUCCAUCUCCAUUUCCCUCCAGCUCACACUCAUCCCGCAGACCACCUCCGAGUGCCCAGCGUCAAACUCCAUCCCAGUCUCAACCAACUCCGACAAACAAGAAAUCUAAAACAUCCAAACGCAACGCUGAAUCACCUGCUGGGUCUACCCACUCCAAGCGUAGCGCUCGCCCAGUUGGUUCCCAGAUCAGUGCAUCGCAGAUGUCCGAAGUCAUAGAUCUUACCUCUAGCCCGGCCCCUGAGGCUUUGACGCACAAUCAAUCAGCGUCGGUGUCGAAGCCAGGCGCUGAUGAUCGCGUUCUCGAAGUUUCUGGACCUGAGAGUCGACCAUCAACCUCAAAAGUCCAGCACAUGACGGAAGUCAGUAUCAGCUCGCCAAUAAUUCCAAAGAAGACUAAGAAGAAGCGAUUGUCCCGUAAAUUUUGA